AUGGGAGAAGCUUCACUCUACAAGGCAAAGGAAUUCUCAAGCAAGCACCUGAAAUUUUCACUUAAGUAUUUGGAGCCAAACCUUGCGAGAUAUGUGAUGAAGUCACUAGACCAUCCCUACCAUGUGAGCCUGAAGCAAUACAAGGCUAGGCAUCAUUUGAGUUACCUCCAGAACUUGCCUACCAUGCACACUGCAAUUGAGAAGCUAGCACUUGUAGAAUUUCAGAUGAAGAAGUUGCAACAUCAAAGUGGAAUGCAAGAGGUUAAGAGAUGGUGGGUGGAUUUGGGAUUGUCUCAAGAAAUUCCAGCUGCAAGGGACCAAGUUCUGAAAUGGUACAUGUGGUCCAUGACUAUCCUCGAGGGUUUCUCCUUCUCAAGAUAUCGGGUUGAUGCCACAAAGGUUAUCUCAAUGGUCUACAUUGUGGAUGACAUCUUUGAUCUUGUCGCCACACAGGAGGAGCUCUCUCUCUCUUUAAUGAGGCAAUCAAAAUGUAUUAGGAUUGGUUUGACAUAA